AUGAGCGUUGUCGAAGCACCCCAUGCAAUCCCGGCGCGGGACGUCGAGGUCUAUCAUGAUCAGGACGAGACCGAGAAGGCUUUCUCGGAGAAGCCUCCACCAGUGGAUGAUCCUUUUGGAAAUGAGGAAUCUGGGGAAGUCAAGUAUCGUGUGAUGAAGUGGUGGCAAUCUGGAAUGCUGAUGGUCGCUGAAAACAUCUCCCUGGGUAUCCUUUCGCUCCCAUCUGCCGUUGCAACUCUCGGCAUUGUCCCGGCCUUCCUUAUCAUCCUCGGUCUUUCCGCCAUCUCCUGGUACACAGGUCUUGUCAUGGGCGAGUUCAAACUGCGGUAUCCCCACGUGCACAGCAUGGGUGACGCCGGUGAGUUGCUCAUGGGUCCCAUCGGCCGUGAAAUCUGCUACUGGGGCCAGUUGCUGUUCAUCAUUUUCCUGAUGGCCAGUCAUAUUCUCACUUUCACCGUGCUGUUCAACACCAUCACCAACCACGGCACCUGCACUAUUGUCUUUGGCGUGAUCGGUCUGAUUGUCAGCUGCAUUUGCGCCCUGCCCCGAACCACUGACAAGGUGUUUAUCAUGUCGACCGUUUCCGCUGUUAGUAUCUUGACUGCUACUAUCGUCACUAUGGUCUCCAUCGGUGUCCAGGCCCCCGACUACGUUCAAAACGAUAUUACUACUGAUCCUACCUUCGUGGACGCUUUCCUGGCUGUUACCAACAUCGUGUUCGCCUUCAUCGCCCACGUUUCCUUCUUCGGUAUCAUGUCGGAGAUGCAGGACCCGGCCGAGUUCCCCAAGUCCUUGGCUAUGCUCCAAAUCGUCGAUACUAUCAUGUACAUCGUCACCGCGAUGGUUAUUUACUGCUAUGCCGGCCCGGACGUUUCUUCUCCUGCCCUUUCCUCGGCCGGUCCCCUGAUGAAGAAGGUUGCCUACGGCCUGGCCAUUCCAACUGUCAUCGUCGCCGGUGUCGUAUUCGGCCACGUUGCUUGCAAGUAUAUUUACGUCCGUAUCUUCCGUGGCGAGCGCUCGCACCACAUGCACCAGCGUACUCUGCUGGCUACUGGUACCUGGGUCGCAAUCGGUCUUACUACCUGGACCAUUGCAUGGGUUAUUGCCGAGUCUAUCCCCGUGUUCAACGAUCUGUUGAGUCUCAUCAGCGCUCUCUUCGGUAGCUGGUUCAGCUACGGCCUGCCCUCCAUCUUCUGGAUGGUCAUGAACAAGGGCCAAUGGUUCGCCUCUCCCAAGAAAAUCGUCAUGUUCACCAUCAACCUCAUCAUCCUGGGAAUCGCCUGCGCUAUUUGCGGACUGGGUCUGUACGUCUCCGGCAAGUCGAUUCAUGACAGCUCUUCCAAGGCCAGCUGGACCUGCGCCAGCAACGCUAUCUAG